CUAGAUACCAAGCUACAUAUCCAAGAUACUUGUGGCAUCCACAACCUUCAUGGAAUGCCAGGUUUAAUUGGAGGCAUCGUGGGAGCUGUCACUGCUGCCGCUGCUACAGAAACAGUCUAUGGAAAGAAAGGGCUCAUCAACAUGUUUGACUUCGCCGGAGAAUACCGAGAUCGAACGCCUAGUAUCCAAGGGGGAUUCCAAGCAGCUGGCAUUGCAGUAUCACUAGCUAUGGCUUUUGUAGGAGGAUCUAUUGUAGGUGGCAUUUUGAAACUGCCCUUUUUUGGUGACCCUACAGAUGAAAACUGCUUUGAAGAUAAUGUCUACUGGGAAGUCCCUGGCGAGGAAGAGAGCAACCUUUACUGCAUGCAUGACUCCAAUGCUAAGCCUGUGAUUAACCCUUAACCCGGGACAUCAACAGACAAAGGGGUGAUCAACCUCUGCCUUUGGAAUUCCCCCCCCCCCCACCUUUUUUUUACAGCAGAAUUAAGGAAAUGGAAGAAGGCAAAAAUAUUAUCAUUCAAAUGAAGAGAUUAUUUUUAAACAUGAACUCACACACACAAAAAUAUGCAAACAAAUUAUAAUGAAGUUGAGAAGGGUGAAUCCUCAGAUUCAGAAGCAUCUUGCUAAAACCAAAACAAGUUAUGAAACAACAAUGACAUAGAAUAAGCUAUAAAAUGUUAGAGCUUAUUGACCAAUAAAAAAUGAGUGAGGCAUUCCCCACAGAGCUCUUAAAAUGAAAUAGCUGAAGUUUUAGCAAAAGCAUAUAACUUUCCCUAAAAUUGGCUGUAUUUUAUUUAAUUUAAAGGCCUGGAGAUUAGUUUUUUUUAAAAAAAAAAUAUAAUAAGGAAGGAAGGCAAAAGAAGCUAAAAAUUACAGCUCCCAUUCUAGGUAAAUUUGUGGAAAGCAUUAGGAAAGAUAAAACUACAAGCCAUAUGGAAGAAUGAAUAUGGUGGUUUCUGGGCAGGCAAGUGUCACCUCCCCAAUUUUUAAAGAGUUUUUUAAGGAGUCAACCUGAUCAGUCUUUUAGCUGGAUGCUUUAGCCAACAUCUUCCCUCAGGGAAGCCUUAGUCAACCUACCAAUCAAGGGAGAAGACCAAUCCUUUCAUAGAUGUUGCAAGACUUAGAAAGGGGGAAUGAAUGUAAUGCGAGUUUUGCAAAAGAAGAAUGCCAGAAAAUAAGACCAUCCAUAGGAUCUAUACAGAAAUUGGGGCAUUUU